UUGAGUGUACGAGUAACAGUAACCGGUGUGGCAAUGUUGGAGCGACGCAAGCAGCUGGCUUUACUGCUGUUAGCCAUAUUUGCCUUUCAAUACUCAGAGGGAUUAUUCAAGAAACUAAUCUCCCUUGAAGAGGAUCCACGGCCAGUGGAAAGUGCUGAGCACUACCAUUUUAAAUUUCCCACACUUAAAUUGAUAAAACCUUUCGGUAAAUUGGAAAAUAAAAUUGUUGAUAAUCUAGAAAAGAAGGAGGAAGGCCUAGGAGCAUUGAUCGAAAAGAAAUUAGAGGACUGGGAGGGGAAAAAGGAAAAGUUCGAUGAGAAACUUUUAGAGUUAUUUGAUUUCCUUAAAGAGAAGAAGCAGAAGGAAACAGAGUACAAGCCACAUUAUGGAACGCCGCCACCACCGCCACCAGCACCUACACCACCACCACCUCCCCACUAUGUGCCUUAUCCGCCAGCACCAUCACCAGCCCCUGCUCCCAAGCCAACGCCAACACCCGCAUCAUAUGGACCUCACCCACCACCAUAUGUACCACCUCCACCAGCACCUCCGUCAUAUUAUAGUCCUCCAGACGCACCACCAUAUAGACCCCACCCACCAUCACCACCACACUACAAACCACGAAGACCUUACGUACCCGCGCCGACACCUUCUCCUCCAUCCCCUGCUAGAUAUUAUCCAGAACCGGAUUCCAGCGAGGAGGAGCACUCAUAUCCGUAUCGGCCAGUAAAACCGAAGCCUCCUUCCCCACCAAAAUACAAACCACGAAGACCUCACAUCCCAACGCCGGCACCUCGACAUUAUGAAGAAUCGGACUCCAGCGAAGAACAGUCGUAUCCGUAUAGGCCGAUAAGACCAAUAAGGCCGAGACCAGCAGUGUAUUGCCCCGAUUACGAUUAUGAUGUGCGUUAUUUCACUUAGUUGUUGUUAUACUUAUUUAGAAAUUCAGAUUCAGUUAGGUUAUUGUGGAAAAAAGAAACAAACAAACAAUUAAAUAAAAAAA